GGCGGCCGUGUCCGUUAGGAGUGGAGGCGGAGCGGCUGCGGGGAGCCGGGGAAGGAUGUCCGCGGAGGGUAAUGAGGCAGGCGAGCAAGUAACCCGCCUAGACCCGAAGGAGAUUAGGAGCCGGGUGGAGAGGAUGAAACGGGAGGUGAAAAACCGGAGGAAAGUGCUGAUAAAGGGCCUUCCAACCGACAUCAGCAACCAGGAAGUCCACGAUCUGUUGCGGGAAUAUGAGCUGAAAUACUGUUUUGUGGAUAAAUACAAAGGAACUGCCUUUGUAACGCUGCUGAAUGGGGAGCAGGCAGAGUCCGCCAUCCGCCGCUUCCACCAGACGCGACUCCGCGACCGAGAGAUCUCCGUGCAGCUGCAGCCCACCGAUGCCCUCCUCUGCAUCGCCAACCUGCCCCACGGCUACACCCAGCAGCAGUUCGAGGAUCUAGUCCGCCCCUUCGGGAACCUGGAGCGCUGUUUCCUGGUAUACAACGGGGCCACUGGCCACCCCAAGGGCUACGGCUUCGUGGAGUACAUGAAGAAGGACUCUGCCUCCCGUGCCAAAUCUGACCUUCUAGGGCGCCAGCUGGGCGCGCGCACCCUGUAUGUCCAUUGGUCGGAUGUCAGUCAGCUGACGUACGAGCUGCUGCACUCCCGCUGCCUGUGCGUGGAGCAGUUACAGGAGUGCGAUGCUGGCGAGCUCAGGGAGGCUUUCUCAAAGACAUGCUCUCCCGUCUUCUGCCAGCUGGCUUACGGUCAGGACGGGCAGUUUAAAGGCUUUGCCGUCGUGGAGUACGAGUCGGACGUUGUGACCGAAGUCGUCCAGCAGCAGAUGGAUGGAUCCGUGGUGGCUGGAAGUAAAGUCCGGGUUUCAUUUUGUGCCCCCGGCCCGCCUGGCAGGAGUAUGCUGGCGGCUCUCAUAGCCGCGCAAGCAACGGCGUUGAAUCGCGGUAAUGGACUUCUCCCAGAGCCCAACUUCCUCCAGAUCCUAAACAGCCUGGGCUCUCCUGCCACACUGCAGCUGCUGCUAAACCCUCUGCUACACGGCGUGGCCGGGAAUAAGCAAGGGAUCCUUGGCGCACCCCCUACCAUGCCGCUUCUCUCCAGCCCUGCGCUCUCUACUGCUCUGCUGCAGCUGGUACUGCAGGCCCAGACAACACAGAAACCUGGUAUUCUGGGAGACUCUCCACUCUCUGCAUUGUAUGGAUCGGUGGGCUUAUCACCCCAGCUUACCCCCACAACUACAAAACCACCCAUGUCUGAUUUAGGACUUGGUAAUCCAGUUGGCCCACCUUCCGAGCUAGGAACGCCACCUCUACCCCAGUUUGUGGGACCGAUGGCAUCUGAGUGGGAGAGUCCUCCUCCCACUCCUGCAAUGGGCUCCUUGGUUGGACUUCAAAAGCCAGGAGAGCCUAUGGCUUCCCUUUUGGGGGAUCCACCAAGAGAUCUGCACUCUUCUCAGUUCAUGAAUUUCCAUGGCAGGAACAGCAGCACAGGAUCUCUAGGUGCAUCUAGUAAACCACCUUUAUAUAAGAUGAAACCUCAUGGAAGAACCCCUCUGGCUUCCAUAUCGGACUCGAUCCUGACUCCCCCGGAAGGCUAUCCAUACGAAUAUCCAGGGGAGCUGACACCUCACAUGUUCUCUCAAAACAGAGACCGCACUGUCCCAAACACGGGAGGCUAUGAGCCAAGGCUAAAGACACCCCCACCUUCCAGGUUUCGGAAUCGCAGUAAUAGUACCCCUGCCCCCCUGCCCCCGUUUAGCGCUGGGUCUCCAUCCUCUUACUUCACGAGUGGCUUGCAGGCUGGGCGCCAGCAAACUCACCUGAAUAAGGCAGUUGGUGCGCUUCCAAGUAGCCCUGGAGGAGUAGCGAUGGGCUUCGAGGACCAGAAUGCUCCACCUACGAAUGGACUCAAGACCCCUAUCGGAGCUCAGAAACGAGGCUUUUCGCACUUAAUCCCCUCUCCGGAGCCCAGCCCGGAAGGGGGCUAUGUUGGCCAGCACUCACAAGGCCUGGGAGGCCACUACGCGGACUCUUACCUCAAGCGCAAGAGAAUAUUCUAGCGUGAGCCGGGAACGCGGUCAUCAAG